AUGUCUCGAUCCACACCUCCCCCUUCCUUAUCAGCGGACAGCAAACUCGAAGCAAACAAAGAGAAACCGUAUUUGGCUGAGGACGAGGAGGAUAAGCAGACCUUCGGGUCUAAGGGACCGCCCAUUGUGGCAAACUCGACCACUAAUGGCACAGAGAAGGCGGAUACUUCUGAAGAUGGUGAUACUGUCACUACGCCGAGAGGCGCCAAGGAGCCGCAAAAGCCUGUCCAAUACCCUAAGGGAAUCGAACUGUUCUUCAUCAUGCUAGCACUCGUGCUCAGUAUCACCCUGAUGUCCUUGGAUCAGACCAUUGUUGCAACCGCUGUCCCAAAGAUCACCGACCAAUUCGGCAGACUUCAAGAUAUCUCAUGGUACGGUUCGGCUUACUUCCUGACGCUCGGAGCAUUCCAGUCCAUGUGGGGCAAAGUUUUCAAAUACUUCCCUCUGAAAACCAGUUUUAUGGUGUCGAUACUCAUCUUCGAGAUUGGGAGUUUGAUUAGCGCGGUGGCUCAGAACUCAACGACCGUAAUCGUCGGGCGUGCUAUCGCCGGCCUCGGGGCCUCGGGUGUCGCGCCUGGAGUCUACACGAUUUCCGCCUUUUCCGCUGAGCCCGCGAAAAGAGCCACCUACACAGGGAUCAUUGGUCUCACAUAUGGCGUCGCCGCCGUUGCUGGACCGCUCAUCGGUGGAGCACUUACAGACGCGGCGACUUGGAGGUGGUGUUUUUAUUUCAAUCUCCCAGUCGGAGGGUUGGCCGCUUUUGUGAUCCUGCUCACAUUCAAGACCCCUGCAGCCUUUAAGCAGGUCGAUGCUACGCUCAAGGAGAAGUUUUUGCAAAUGGACUUUCCAGGGACGGCGCUUACAAUGGGGGCAUCCCUCGCAUUGCUUCUGGCUCUUCAGUAUGGCGGUAUAACACAUCCGUGGAAUUCUAGCACUGUCAUCGGCUUACUCGUCGGCUUUGGUCUUAUGGUUCUUGCCCUUAUCGUCCUGGAAUUAUGGCAAGACGAACGCGCCAUGCUGACACCACGCCUUUUACGCCAAAGAUCUGUUUGGGUCAAUGCUUUGUGGGGCUUUUUCUUCGCAGGAUCGUAUUUCAUUACGCUCUACUACCUACCCAUCUACUUUCAAAGCAUCGACAACCGUAGUCCUACUAGCUCGGGCGUUCGUCAAAUUCCUCUGAUCGCCUUGUUCAGCGUGACUACAUUCGGCACCGGUAGAGCAAUCACGAAGACGGGAAUCGCCGCUCCCUAUCUGGUAGCUAGCUCUGUGAUCGUUACGAUCGCUGCUGGUCUGCUCUAUACUCUCGAUAUUGGCACUCCGACAGGCAAAUGGGUUGGCUAUCAGAUCUUGGCUGGCUUCGGAUAUGGCAUGGGCCUCCAAGUCCCAGUCAUUAUUGCGCAGGCUUUUGCUGCGCCAAGCGACAUAGCUCCUGUAACCGCGAUAAUCAUUUUUUUUCGAUCCAUUGGCGCAACAUUCUUGAUCGCAGUCGCCCAGUCCGGCUUCGACAACCAGCUCGUGCACGAGCUUGCCAGCACCGCACCGAGCGUCGAUCCCCACUUAAUAACGGCUACUGGUCCUACAUCCUUGCGCCAGGUGUUUUCUGGGGCGGAACUGGACGGUAUUAUCCGUGCGUACGCAUGGGGCAUUAAAAUUCCAUUUGCAAUAACUAUCGCGGCCUGUGGCAUUACUGCCGUUACCAGCUUAAGCACCAAGUGGACCAAUCUCAAUACCAAGAAAGACGUUCCUUGA